CUGCCUCCCAACGCCGCGGGCCCUCUCGCGGGGUCGGACGGGCGGGGACCCUCCAUUCGCCCCUUGGCGCCUGCGCGUGGGGCGGGUGAGAAGAGUCCGGAACCCUGCGCCGGAGCUCGCGUUUCGAGCCGGUGGCCCCGGAGCGCUGCACCGAGCGCGCCCGGACCGCGGCGGCCGGACCCGGGUCACUAUGGCAACGCGGCGGGCCCGAGGCUGCUCCCGGCUGGCGUGCGCGCUGCCCCGAUGAUGCCGCCGCCCUCAGACCAAGCCCUGAGCCAGCUGCUGGCUCGCAAGGAGGAGGAGUGGAGAGAGCUGCAGGCCCAGCGCUGCCAGCUGCAGGAGGCUGCGCUGCAGGACGCUCACAGCCAGCUAAACGAGGCGCAGGGGGCGCUGCGGCGCCUGCAGGAGGACUUCGUCUACAACCUGCAGGUGCUGGAGGAGCGGGACCUCGAGCUGGAGCGCUAUGAUGCUGCCUUCGCACAGGCCCGGGGGCUGGAGGAGGCGCGGCAGGCGGAGGUGAGCGAGCUCCGGGUGGAGGCAGCCCGGCUGCGACAGGCACUCACCCUGGAGGCCCGGCGGCGGGAGGACCUGCAGCAGCAGCACCAGCUGAAGCUGCAGGAGCACCGGCUGGAGCUGGAGCGCGUCCACAGUGACAAGAACAGCGAGAUGGACCAGCAGCGGGAACAGUACGAACACCUGAAGUGGAUGCUGGAGAGAAAGCUCGAGGAGCUCGAUGGCGAACUUGCUCUGCAGAGGCAGGAGCUGCUGCUGGAAUUCGAGUCUGAAAUGCAGAAGAGGGAGCACGGGUUCCGGCUACAGGCGGACAGCAUGAGCAACGUGGUCUUGACUCAUGAGCUCAAGGUGAAGCUGUUGAACAAGGAGCUUGCGGCUGUGAAGGAAGCCGCCGCACAGGCCGCGGAGUCGCUGCGGAGCGCCGAGGCCAGCAAUGCGGGGCUGGAGGGAGAGCUGCGGCGCAGCGGCCAGGAGCUCAGGGACCUGGCGGCCGCCAAGGACGCGCGGAUAAAGGACUUAGAGGGCAAGCUUGACUGUGUGCAGCUCUCCCGAAAGAAGGAAGAGGAGGCGUUCAGGAGGAAAGAAGCACCAGGAUGGUGGUGGCACGAGGAGCUCGACCAUCUGGCCAGGGAAAGGGACGCGGUGCUGGCGGCUGUGAAGGGCGCCCACGCGGAGCAGCUGCGGGCGCUGGAGGCCAGGGCCCAGGAGCUGCAGGCCCGCUGUGAGACCCUGGAGCUGCGGCUGCGCAGGGCCGAGGCGGGGAAGGCCGACGCCCUGAAGUCCAAGGAUGCUGCCGCGGACAAACUUCGGGAGGACGCGUUAGCUCUGAGAUCCGGCUGGGAUGCCCAGAUCGCUCAGCUGUCCAAGGAGAUGGUCGCCAAGGACCUUUACAUUCAGUCGUUGCAGGAAGGGGAGGUGGAACUCAAGGCACAUCUGGCCAGAUGCCAGCAGGACAUCGGAAGGUACAAACAGCAGCUGUCGGAGGCUGUGGAGAGGGAGCGGUGCCUGGAGCGCGAGAAGGCACAGCUGGAGCUCGACUGGCGGCAGCGCUGUGACGGUGUGGAGAGGGACCACUACCGCAAGUCCGAAGAUCUGAUUCGGGCCCUGACCGAGGCGCGGGAUCAGGUUGCUGCCAAGCUCCAGGAGACAGAGCGGAUGCUGCGUGACCAGGAAGUGGUGCUGAAGGCCUUGACCCUAGAGAGAGACCAGGCCAUGCAGGCCUUGAGGACACGUGGGCUCCUUCCUGAGAGGGAGGUGCAGCCCUACUCCUUUCCAGUGUCUGUUGGCGCAACAGGGGCCAGUCUGACGCCUGAAAGAGCUGAGGCAUUCGUAUGUGCACAUUCUGGCUCCUGUGAGAAACCCUGCUGUGAACACGCACGUACGAGUUUUCAGUUGCUCCUAAGGCAUCAUGAAGAAGAAAUCAGGGAAAGUUUUCCAUCUAGUGAGAUCCAGAGGCUCCAGGAGCAAAACAGAAGUUUACGAAGGGCUGUUGCCGAGAUGAGGAAAGAAAUGGAGACUCUGAGUGACCACGUUCUUCCUCCUGCCCCGUCAGGGGGUCAGGUCUCCGACACAGAGCAGCCCCGUCCCAGCCCAGAGGCAGCAGCCGAGGUUCCUGAUCACAUUAUGGUCCUUGAAACAGAAAUACAAAAUCUGAAGCAUAAAUUUAAAGCCCUGGAAGAACAAGUAGAAGAUGUGUUCGACCCUCUGAAGAGGUCCUCCUCGUACCCUGACUCUCAGCCCAGCGUCCACACCUCGGCUCAAGUCCCUGCAGGAGCUGUGUCAGCUGGUGGCGCGUCCAUUGGGCUAGUGCUCGGGAGGCUCAGAGACAGGGCACAGCUCGUGGACUUCCUGGUGGCCCGGCUCAAGCAGAAGGUGCUGCAGCGGCCCCUGGACGCGGACACCGUCCAGCACGAGCUCCCCCGUGAGGUGGACCAGCUGCACUUGGAGGUGUCGGAGCUGCGGGGGCAGGUGGCUGAGCUUGAGGGGCGCCUCGGGAACCGGCCACGGCCGCGAGCCUUGGACAAGGUGGCCCUUGGGAGGCAGGUCCCUGCAGACCAAGGACCCACAGGGACCGAGGACCAGGGGCCACAGCCCCCACAGACCUUGUCUGUGCCCCGACUCCAGAGGAAACUGAAGGAGGCAGCCCGAAAAAUCCUUCGCCUCUGCCUGGAGAAAGAACAGCUCCUGGAGAUGGGGAACAGGCUCCGUGCAGAGCUGGGCCAUCAGGCCCCAGGAAAGCCACGUCAUCACCCACUGCCCACCCCUGAGGCCGGGAAACAGAAUGUCGCACCUGAGGCCCGUCUGGGACAGUUGCAACCCCAUUUUGCAGCUCAGGUGCUGCAGGCCAUAAGGAGCACCGUUGGCUUUUAUCAACUGUUUUAUGUCUACAACUCUGCGGAACUGGUUGGCACUAAUACGUGUGGCAGCCGUUUUCCCGGGUUCACUACACGGACAGAGAGCGUCUGUGGUGAGGGUCUGGCCGCUCCCCUCGCGGUCCUGUCUCAUGCUGCUGUCCUGGCCAGGACUCCCAUGCAACGGGGAGAACAGGACUCCAACAACACCAAGAAAAAGUGUUUCUCUGAAUGCUCGGGGAAGGUCCAACCCUGCUUGGCCCAGACAGUCGGGAGAAGCGGUCCUCCGCAGGGCUGGACAGCAGGAGCCUUGGCGGGGUCGGGGCAGAGGCAACACACAAUCUCUACAGUAACUUGCAGAUCAGCUUGGCAGAAAGAAAACCGGUCCCCAGAGCCACGCCCGGCUCAAGAAUCCCACAAGGAGAGUAGCCACCCCAGCGGAAGCCCCUCCUCAGUGGCCAGCGGUCCCCUCCAGGACAUGUGGAAGUUACUGGACCUGAGAUCCAGCCCUUCUGGCCUCACCUCCCAGAACGACUCCGCACCAGUAGAGUUCACCGCACGUCCAGUAGCCGACAGCCUCGGACACCCAGACAGGAGCCCCGUGAGGACUCGGGCAGCCUUUGCCAUCCAAGGGAUGAAGGUGGAAGCGCACGCAAAGGCCAAGCCCGCCAGACCCUCCAGGGCUCCCCCUGCAAAAACUAAAGGCUGCCAGCGGCCCCCCAAGAUCCGGAACUACAAUUUGAAGGACUGACUUCUUGGGCCUUCCUUUUCCCACACUCUCCCCUGCCCUCCCGUGUUGGUGCUUUCAUGGGGGGGGGUGCUGGCACACAGUGUUGCAGGGGCCCCCACUGACUCCCCCAGAGCCAUUAAAGCCCGUGCCUCCUGUGCUCUCA